UCGAUUAUUUAAUUUGUACUAGUAAAAGAAACUUUGUUUAAUACCGUGAAACGAUAUUUAUAAUUUUUUAUUCAUAAUUUAUUUCACGAUGUCAACAAAAAGGUGUUUGCUUAGCUUUUAUAGAAAGGUCCGACCUCUUUGGAUACAGCAGUCGUUUGAUAUAUUUUUGGCGCGACAUUAUAACACCAACUACAAACGAGAAAUGGACUCCAAUACUGAAACUGUGGGGAAAAAACCGGGUCCCCUACCACGAUGGCAAAGUUUUUUGUCCGAUCUGACGCCGCGUUUACCGCCAAAACCACAUUAUGAAACUGUGGGCGAGCGUCCAUGUAUGUCAUUCGGACCGCAGUCCAUAUCGAGGAUAUUUUUGAAGAACCUUCUCGGCCACGGCGAUGACAGUCGUUUGGUACGUGAUCAUGUGAACUACAAAAUUACAAACAAGCUGACGUUACAAGGUACACAAGGUGCCGAAGACAAGCUCUGGAAACGAACUGCAAGUGGCCGAGACACUCAUCGCGGUGAUGGCGAACACUUUGAAAAACACAGGAGGACUAUGUCGUCAGCCGACACAAAAGCAAAAUCUCUGAACCAGCCAGACGAUCUGUCAAGAAGUGUUAGCAGGUGGACUUUAGAAAUGUUCAGCAGAUACGUCGAUUUUGAAGAACACAUUGAGCAGCUGCUUAUUGAUACUGACAGAGUAGAUGAUCAGUCGGGAGAAAUGAAUAAGAUCGUCCAAGAAACUAUGGACAUGUUCAAUGCGUCUAACACGAAUCCCGCGCUCGAAAAUGUGUUGGCCACGGAAGCAGACGUCAGGAUCCAUCUGUCAACCAUUUUGAGGAAAAUGUGCCCGGAACUGGGACUCACUCUUAGAACAGAGUCACAAAUUGAACUGAGUUACCUACCUACCUGUAAAUUUGAUUUCUUAUUUCUGACGCGCGGCGGCAAGCCAGUUGGGUGCAUGGAAGCAAAGACGCCUUCUACCAUGAACAGCAGAGCGUUUGCACAAGCUGUCGUCGAGCUACUGGUUCUACAGCAGUUAGCUUAUCAGCACGACGUUGACAUCUCCACUGUGCCAUUGUUCAACGUCCUGUCUGACGGCCAGAGGUUCGUUCUGAUGCAAGUGAGGGGGGAAAAGUUGCGUCUGGAGUACGUGUCGAAGGACGGAGAGAAUGUACUGAAAGUCCGUACCACUAAAGUGAUGGAAGCAUUAUCUAAACUGAUUAAAAUGACACUGAAUAAUAUUGAAAACCCUGAGCUUCAGACCAGUUAAUUUAUUCAAAUGUCUACAUCGUUUUUUCCCGAAUGUGAAGAUUUGCUCCAGCAUUGGGGUGGCAGUUGGCCCCUGGGAUUCCUCAUCCCCUGAAAAUAAGUAGGGAAGCAUACAAAAUUUAACUACAUUUCUACACGGAAUAUAUUGCUAUCAUGAUUCCAACUAGUGUACGGAGUUCCACUUAUAUAGCCUUUGUAUGUAUUGAAAGUGGUACUCUCCGAAGACUGAACAACGUCCAUAUACACAAUUUAUACUGAGAUAGUACUAUAUAGGGUAAUACACUGAACCGUUUCUAAAACAAAUUCUUCAAAGCGGAAUUUAGCGAAAUUUUCUUAUGUUGUUUUACCAGAAAAUACGCUUCAACUGAUAACAAAAUAAUUUAUAUACCAUUUGUGUCCGGGUCAAACCCUUCAACGACCAGACUAAUACACUUUUGGAUACACACAGGCCUACCCUUAACGCUCCGUAAGUUAGACCACAAUAUGACAUAACGCUUAGCCACGCACACACACAUUCCCGGGGAAGGUAUCGAUUUGUCUCAGUGGUGCUCGGCUGAUGUUUGAUGGAGUGUUUUUGCACCGUCUUGUUCCAUGCCCCACAGAUGAUAUAUCGAAUAGAGAGGGCCCAAAACCCGCUGUUGUUUUUGAAAAUAUAAUUUAAAGGUCCUUGACUGGUGGACGGGAUAAGUUUGCAUUUUUUGUGCAUUCUGUAAAAUAUACUGUUUGACCAAAAAUAGGGGUGCCCGGGCCCCUUGAAUCCGCGCCUGUUGUUCUGUUUGUUCAAAACUUGUGGAAGGCGCAUGUGCAGGCACGGCAGAAACAAGUGGACACCGGAAAAGAUUGAGAUCGGAAGUGUGAAGCACCCGAGUUACCAUGCCAGGGUUCGGGAGAAUACUCCUAAGGACAUUUUUGAAAACUGGAUGUCCUAAAAUGCAAUGUUCUGCAUUCUACAAGUAAUAUAGGCUACAUAAUUUUUAAUGCAUUUUUCACGAUGUAUAAUUUGUAUAUACAUAUAUUAUUUUUAAAACCACAGCAGUGAUUUACCAAGCAUUUACAAUGCAAUAGCUGUACCGGCCUCGGUGUAGCUCGAGUCACCUCCAGCCCUACCCCUUAUUGAUAUUGUUAUGUGGGGUAAGACUAGAGGAAAGUCUAUGUAAUGCUUUGGAAAUCGUGGACAAUCAAAUGUUUGCAAGCUACUGGGUCUAAAAUACACAUUUCCCCCUAAAUUUAGUUAUUAUACAGUGAAUAUUUACAAUCAGACAAUCACUACUAGCAGUAGUAUAUUUGCAAUUGUAGUGUGAAUAUAUUACUCUCACAUAGUCAUUAUUACAUUUUGUAUUGUACAUUAAAGUGACACACACACACACACAUAUAUAUAUUAUUUUUUAAAUUUAUAUUUAUUUAUUUAUUUAUUUAUUUAUGUAUGUAUUCAUUUGUGCUUUUUAUUUCCUUCUUUUAAAUUCAUUAUAUUGCUGUUAUUUUUUUGUAGUUUUUUCUAGUUAAAAAUUAUUACUAGUAUUGCUAUUUUUAUAACAAUCAAAGUUGUUGUUAAAACGACAAUUAACAAAAUAAUAAUAA